UCGACAUCUGUGGAGGAGGCUCGUGAAGGACGCUACUGAGCAGUUGGAUGCAAUUACCCUCCAACAACAACGGAUGGCAGAGGAGCGAUGCUCACAACAACAAGCGGAAUGCCAGAGCGCAGUGGGGAGCAGGAUGGCCAAGGCACCCACCUUCUCGAGGGACACAAAUUCAUGGUGCCAAAGAGGGAGAUCCUCGCAGUUCCAGACAUGGGGAAGUGGAAACGCUCACAGGCCUAUGCCGAUUACAUGGGUUUCAUUCUCACCCUUAACGAGGCUGUGAAGGGAAAAAAGCUCAGUUCUGAGUUCAAGGUUUCUGAGGCUGUGCAGCAGCUCGUGUGCCUGCUGGACAUGAUGGAUCGCUGGAUCGAAGAGGUUCCGCCUGUGGAUCAGCCCCAACGCUUCGGCAACAAGGCCUUCCGCACCUGGUGCGCCCGGCUGGAGAAGGAGGCCCCGGCGCUCGUGUCACGGAUGCUACCAGAGCGCCUGCACGAGGCAGUGCCCGAGGCCACCACGUACCUGCUGGAGAGCGUGGGCAAUGCCACGCGCAUUGACUACGGCACCGGCCACGAGGUGGCGUUCGCCUCCUUCCUGUGCUGCCUGUGCAAGAUUGGCUUCCUCAACGCUCAUGACCAGGCAGCCAUCGUUUUCAAGGUGUUUGAGAGGUACCUUUGCGUGAUGAGGCGGCUACAACAAACGUACCGCAUGGAGCCGGCCGGCAGCCAGGGAGUGUGGGGCCUCGACGACUUCCAGUUCCUGCCCUUCCUGUGGGGCAGCGCUCAGCUUAUAGACCAUCCCCGCCUCGAGCCCAAGCACUUUGUGGACCCGGCGGUGGUGAACGAGCAUCACAAGGACUACCUCUUCUUCCAGUGCAUUCACUUCAUUAACCAGAUGAAAACGGGCCCGUUCGCCGAGCACUCAAAUCAGCUGUGGAACGUGAGCGCUGUGGUCUCCUGGAAUAAAGUCAACACGGGUCUCGUGCGCAUGUACCGUGCUGAGUGUCUGGAAAAGUUCCCGGUCAUCCAGCAUUUCAAGUUUGGAAGUUUACUCUCAAUACAGCCGGUCACCAAGUAACAACCGGCAUUCGCUCGCUCGCUCGCCCACCCGCACGCACGCACCACCUCGCCCCCAUGGAACACAUGCCUGACUAUUUUUGGAAAGUCACAUCAAAGGGACUAAAGUAAACUAUUAUGUAAGAGAGGGAGGAAACAGCAGUCCAUGAAAAUGAGCCUUCACAUUUGAAAUUUAAUUGUAUACUUUAAGGAUUGCAUUUCAGAUUGGAGUUGUGCGCUGUGUGGAAUGCCCAAGGGAUUGGCUUCUCAGCCUGCAUGUCAGGUUUAUGAAAAUUAUUUUUAGCACAGUGCCUCAGUGUGAGGAACUGCAGGGUCGUGAGUGAUUCAAAUGCAUAUGCCGCGUAUUACGUCACGCAUGGUAAUAGGAUCAUUAACCACCACUGUCAUUUUUUUAAUCAUCAAGCAUAUGCCAAGUAGGAGGGUGAGGGCAGUUUUGUUCUUACAUGGACCCGUCAGUGUAGCUCAAAAAGAAUCCACUUUUACCCAGAAAGCACUUAUGUGAGCAGACUAUCUGGCAAAACCUAACUUUGGCAGCUAUGAUAGUGAAUACUUAGAUAACUCUCAAUCAUUGAGCGUUUUAACGAGGUGAGCUCAUUAAGACUGUAGUUUUAUUGGAAAGGGGGAUAAUGUCCAAGCAAACAUACAAAUGCACUCGGCAGCCCAACCCCAUAGCAGAUAUUGAAGUACGCAAUGUAGCAAGCAGGCUACUGGAUGACACAUGUUGGCAAGGGCCUCGUCUCAUAAUGUAAUUAAUCUACUUCAAGUUAUGAACCCAUCAUUUCAUCGUACAUUGGUGAUAUCGAUUCCUUUCGCCAUAUUCUGCAAAAUAUACUUGGGCCACCUAACCCGCCUAGGCAGCGAGGGGGGGAAUCCACGAAUGGAAUUGGUUAAAUGGACGUGUGCAACUUAUUUUAUGUGUGGCUUUCAAAAUGUGGAAGGUCCAUUUUGAAACGUUUAACCUCGUUAGUCCCAGCAGCCAAGCGGGCAUGUAAACGUUUAUUUUGUUUUGCAAAAAAAAAAACAUCCCGCAUACCCUGUGGUAAGUUUCUGCUUUCCUCCAUGAAGCACACUGGCUGUCAAGGAACCACCCCGAGGGAAUUGUAUGAGGGCAGUGUAUCGAGUUCACGGCGGAAGAUAUGCUGAAAAUGCACGCACGUGUAAAUGCCAUUGCCGUGAUCAUUAAAAUCAAUGGACCUGAAGUCCGGGCGGUGGAUUGAAAUGUGAGCCAAUUGGAAA